ACUUUUAUAAAGCAGCAGCAUUUCUAUACCAUUCCCCACAACCCCACACUCCUUCAUUUCCUUUCUCUAGUAAUAAAAUUCAGAUCCAGCUGAGGAAACCAGGUAGUGGCAACGGGAGAUCUGCUUAAUCAGACCAGGAGUGAGGAGGAGAAAAGCAAGAGAGGAAAGCCAUGGAAAAGUUUCAUUUUUUGUUGGACCUGCUCAUCAGACACCACAGGGCCAUGUCCAGGAGCUUCUUGAGCCUGCUGACAGCUGGUGGGCAGACCAUCUUCUCCAAGAUAGUGUUCCAAUGCCCCUGUGACGAUAAAUUGAAAAUACCCUAUUCUUUUUUAUUCUUAUUUGUCCCAGCCCUGGUCCUCUUCCUUCUGGGCUACCUGCUGAGCUCUAAGGUAGAGCAGGUGGUGACUGGCUGCUGUGCCGGGGACCAACGAGGCACUCUUAAGAAGACAAAGAUGUUCUGUAAGAAGGUGACAUGCAGUCAAAUGACCUUGGCUGCUCUCCUGGCGCCGUUCAUCUGGAUUGCAAUGGCACUGCUGGAGGGUGGUUAUUUUGUGUGUAUGUGGCACCAAAGGAGCUUGUGUUGGGAGCGCAACUGUUUCGAGAUGCCUUGCCAGAACACAAACUUCACAAACUCCGAGAACAUCGUGGCUAUAUCUCAGAUGGUAGGUUGGGUACUGAUAGCUGUUGUUAUGGUUCUGUCCACGAUGAUCAAGUGCCAUAUCUGUUGCACACCUCAAGUUGGUUUUGAUCAGCUCCAGUCCCAGGAAAACUACGAGAAAAAAGAAAAUGAGACAUCAAUUGCUGAAUCAAAGAAGUAUCCUACUGACUUGAUGGAAAGAAAUGUCAAGUGCUUCUCAGAAAAUAUCCACCUAGGCAGUAUGAGAAUUCCAAGCACUGAGAAACUGGAUGAUAUUUCACCAUUGAUUAAGCCUACUGAUACAGAAUAUAGUAUAUUUGAUCCUCAAAACUCUGUUUCUGAUUGCAAUUAAAGGGUUGAAGCAAUUCUCCACAAUACUACACCAAGGAAAUGUCACCAACGAUCCUAAACAUGUGGAUUUAAAGUUGGAAGGGACCUUAUUUCACAAAUUAAGCAACCAAGGCGCAAGGAUUUUGAUUUACAUUUUGUACACAAAUAUUAAUUUUGCUAAUGAACUGGGGCCAAAUCUUAUCAUAAUUUUUCCUUUGGUAAUGAUAUUAUUUUUAUAUUUCAUAGAAUCAUGAAUGUUUCAGUUAGGAGGGACUUUAAGGAAAUGGCAAACCACUCUAGUAUCUUUACCAAGAAAACCCCAAAUGGGGUCACAAAGAGUCAGAUGUGAUUCAACAACAGCAGCACUUAUUUGUUUUGAUGUCGUCUCCUCUUGCCAUCCCACUCUCCACAUUACUCUGUGAACUCUUUUCAAACAGAAACUUUUGGGUUUUGGGGUUUGCCUUUUUGUUUGUUUUUGGUUUUGCCUUUCUUUGUAUCCUCAGCACAUAGUUCCUGGAACAUAGUAGAUGCUUAAUAAAUGCUAGUUGAUGGAUUGACUAACUGAAUGCUUUAAAAUCCGGGAUUUAGGAAAGGUACUAAGAGAGAGAAAGUAAAAGUGAACUCAGGGAUCCAAAGUUUAUAACAGAAAUUUCUUAUGAAAUUUAGAUGCUCAGAAUGUAAUGUCACAUGUAAAGACAACAGGAGAGAUUAAAUAAUAAUAAGUAAUAAGGAAGAGGAUAAUAAAAAUCUAACAUUUAUAUAGUACUGGACUGUAAAAUAUCUUAAUUAUCACUUUUUUAUCUUUACAAUGACUCUGGAAUGUAGGUGCUGUUAUUAUCAUCCUCAUUUUAUAGAUAGGGAAACUGAGG